AAAGUAAAAGGAAACGCGGUUGUUUCGUCGGAACGGCGUGAAGUGUGAGGCAGAGCAGAGCCAUGUCGGACGAGGACGAGGCCCCGGUGGUGAAGAAGGCCCGGAUCUUCUAUGGCAGCCUGGAGGAGAAGGAGCGGGAGCGCCUGGGGCGCGAGGGGGCCGCCGGCGCUGCCACCAAGGACGCGGUGAAGGCGGGCAUCGAGGCUGGCAACAUCAACAUCUCCAGCGGCGAAUCCAUGGAGAUGGAGGACCGGGUGAGCGAGCGGCAGGCGGAGGUGCUGGCGGAGUUCGAGCGCAGAAAGAGGGCGCGGCAGAUCACCGUCUCCACCGACGACGCCGAGGUCAAGGCCUGCCUCCGGGCCCUGGGGGAGCCAAUCACGCUGUUCGGGGAGGGGCCAGCUGAGAGGCGGGAGAGGCUGAGAAAUAUCCUGUCUGUAGUGGGCCCGGAUGCACUAAAGAAAUCCAAAAAAGAGGACGAGAAAGCAAAGCGCUCCCAAGAGGAGUGCCAGCAGACCUGGUAUCACGAGGGCUCCACCUCCCUGAAGGAUGCCCGUCUGUGGUUGGCUCGCUACUCCCUGCCCAGGGCUGUAAAGAGGUUGGAAGAGGCGCGCACUCAGAAGGAGAUUCCGGAAUCUACACGCACAGUACGGCAGCAGGAGCUCCACAAAACGCUGAGGAGCCUGAAUAAUUUCUGCAGUCAGAUCGGGGAUGACCGGCCCAUAUCCUACUGCCAGUUCAGCCCCAACUCCAAACUGCUGGUGACAGCGUCGUGGAGUGGCCUUUGCAAGUUGUGGGCAGUUCCUGACUGCAGUCUUGUCCGCACAUUAAGGGGUCACAACACCAACGUGGGGGCGAUCAGCUUUCACCCCCAGGCCACGCUGACCCUGGACGAGACGGACGUCAACAUGGCGUCGUGCGCCGCCGACGGAUCAGUCAAGCUGUGGAGCCUGGAUAGCGAUGAGCCGGUGGCAGACAUCGAGGGGCACACCAUGCGGGUGUCGCGCGUGGCCUGGCACCCCUCCGGGCGCUUCCUGGGAACCACCUGCUACGAUCACUCAUGGAGGCUGUGGGACCUGGAGGCCCAGGAGGAGAUCCUGCACCAGGAGGGCCACAGCAAGGGGGUCCACGACCUGCACUUCCACCCCGACGGCUCCCUGGCAGGGACAGGGGGUCUGGACGCGUUUGGCCGAAUCUGGGAUCUGCGAACUGGCCGCUGUGUUAUGUUCCUGGAGGGCCACCUCAAGGAAAUCUACGGCAUCGACUUCUCUCCCAACGGCUUCCAUGUGGCGACAGGAAGUGGAGACAACACCUGCAAGGUGUGGGACCUCCGUCAGAGGAAGUGCAUCUACACCAUCCCCGCCCACCAGAACCUGCUGUCCUCGGUCAAAUUCCAGCCCACGGACGGUCACUACCUCCUGACCGGCGCCUACGACAACACGGCCAAAGUGUGGACACACCCGGGCUGGUCUCCGCUGAAGACGCUGGCCGGCCACGAGGGGAAGGUGAUGGGGCUGGACGUGUCGGCCGACGGGCAGCUCAUCGCCACCUGCUCCUACGACCGCACCUUCAAGCUCUGGGUGUCCGACUGACAGGGAGGAGGUGUGGCCCUGCCCCCCUCAUCUGCCUGUCCUCAUUGGUCAGCAUCCCGCAGAGCUGUGAUUGGCUGAUAUCUCCCCUUCCCUUCCUGUUAGAGCUUGUGUACCACAGUUUUCUCCAUGGCUGUGUGGAUCUUUGAUAGGCAACUCCAGUCCUCAGGGAAGGUCCUAAGGUCUCCUAGUUUACAUUGUGGCUCAACUCUAAGUUGUUCGGUUAUAGCCAUUGUUUGAAUGGCCAGUCAACUAAUUAGGUAUUCCAGCUGUAAAUGGGUUU